AUGUCGAAACAAGCCGCAAAGUCCUCUAGCGUCAGAAAGAGUGGAGGCCAAAUAAAGCCUAAUCCACCGGAACCAAACAUGGAUAUCCUCAAAGAAGAGGCAAAAACCGUCCUGAAGACUGCUAAGCAGCACAUGGAAUCGUCCGGAAAUUUAAAAACGACUAUAAAGGAGGCAGUUCUGAGCAGUUUAAACAGACUAUACGAAAUCGUGGACCUCCUAAACGACUCAAGACUGUCACUCAAGAAUAACUUGGAAAUAAUAAUAGCCAACCGGGCAAAAGAAAAAGAACAGACGCAAGAAACAUCCACAAUCGCACAUAUCCUCAAAGUUAUGGAGGCAAUUAGAGAUCAAAACCUCAUUACUAAAACAACCCAAGCAGCCCUAUUACUAAUAACAGAGGAAAUGCAGACAAUAAAAGACCAACAAGCUGCACAACUCAAAACACUAGAGAUCUCGUGUAAAGCCCCAGCUAAAUUGGUGGAAGCGGCAGAAGAACAGAACAGCAUUAAGCCGAACUCUGACAAAAUGUCAAAACCCACCGUGAAGGCCUCCACCUCCAGGAAAAGUGGAAGCCAGCCAAAGCCAAAUCCACCAGAGCCGGACAUGGACAGCCUCAAAGAUGAGGCAAAGGCAAUCUUAAAAACGGCAAAGCAGCAGAUGGACAGCUCUGGCAACUUAAAAACAACUAUAAAAGACACACUUAUAACCAGCCUACAGAGACUCUACGAGAUCAUUGACCUUUUAAAUGACUCUAGGCUGGCUGUAAAGAACAACUUAGAGAUUAUAUUAGCCAGAAGGAAGACAGAGCAAGACCAGACCCCACCUCCACAAAUCUUAAAAGUGCUGGAGGCAGUAAAGGAACAGAGCCUCAUAACUAAAACCACCCAGGCAGCACUUUUAUUAAUAACGGAAGAGAUCACGGGAAUGAAAGACCUGCAGGCUGCACAACAAAGAACACUGGAGCUUAUGAUCAAAGCUCCAGCAAAGCUGGCGGAGGCGGCGGAGGAACAAAGCAAAAUUAGUGGAAACAUCCAACAAGCCAUCGAAUCACUGAAAGAGGAAAUUAUAGAAACGAAAGAAAUACAGACAAAAGAAAGACCAAAUAACGACGACAGAAUGGAUGAGAUCAAUGGGAAACUAGAAAAAAUGACAGACAUAAUACAAACACAAAAUGAAGUAGCCAAAGAAACAAUACAGGAAGUGAAAGAAACGCGAAAAUUGCAUGAUAUCAUGAAGAUAUCACGGAGCAAGCUUAGCUUACACCGCAGCAGAUCGUCGGAAAAGCAACAAAUUCCCACCACUGCAAACGUGAAGAGUAAC